GCAUGAACAUUUCAGCAGCGACAGAGUAGCCUGGUGUUCGACAUUGCGCUCCAGCGAGAAUCGAUACUUAGGACCACUGUGGCAUACCCAAUCUUCGACGUCCACCAUGUCCAGUAUCGAGCUCAUCAACCCAAAAGCCGAAAGUGUCAGGCGGACACAGGCACUGCAGGUCAACACGGCCGGAGCUGUUGGCCUCGCCAAUGUAGUCAAAAGCAAUCUUGGGCCACGAGGAACAAUCAAGAUGUUGGUCGAUGGCUCGGGUCAGAUCAAGAUGACAAAGGACGGGAAGGUCCUGCUCUCCGAAAUGCAAAUUCAGAACCCGACAGCAGCUAUGAUUGCACGUACAGCCGUCGCUCAGGACGAGCAAGUUGGAGACGGAACAACCUCUGUCGUCUUGCUCGUUGGAGAACUGUUGAAGCAGGCGGACAGGUACAUUCAGGAAGGAGUUCACCCUCGAGUCAUUGGCGAAGGAUUCGACAUGGCUAAGAAGGAGGCUUUGUCGUUCCUCGAAACCUUUAAGCAAUCUCCUAACCUUGACCGAGCCAAUCUCAUCAACGUCGCUCAUACCUCCCUCUCCACCAAACUCCACUCUGCUCUCGCUCAGAAGCUUUCCGCAGACGUCGUUGAUGCCGUUCUGGCCAUCCGGCCACAGGAGGAUGAAAAGGGCUGGAGGGACCCUAUCGACUUGCACAUGAUUGAAGUGAUGAAGAUGCAGCACAAGGUCGACACGGACACUCAGUUGGUCAAGGGUUUAGUGAUGGACCACGGAGCCAGGCAUCCUGACAUGCCGAAGAGGGUCGAAAAUGCCUACAUCCUCACUUUGAACGUUUCACUGGAAUACGAAAAGACCGAGGUCAACUCUGGUUUCUUCUAUUCAUCAGCUGAACAACGUGAAAAGCUCGUGGAGUCCGAGAGGAGAUUCGUCGACGCGAAGCUGAAGAAGAUUGUCGAGUUCAAGAACGCCGUCUGCGACCAGGCCGUUGGAUCCGGAGAAAAGCAGAAGAACUUCGUCGUCAUCAACCAGAAGGGUAUUGAUCCAAUGAGUUUGGACGUUCUGACAAAGGCCGGGAUCUUGGCUUUACGACGUGCCAAACGUAGGAACAUGGAGAGAUUGCAACUGUGCUGCGGUGGUGUGGCUCAAAACUCUGUCGAGGAUCUCACACCUGACGUCCUGGGAUGGGCGGGAUUGGUUUACGAGCAUACACUGGGCGAGGAGAAGUACACCUUUGUAGAGGAGGUCAAAGAGCCAAAGAGCGUGACUAUGCUCGUGAAAGGCCCGAACGCGCACACUAUGACCCAGAUCCAGGAUGCUCUUCGCGAUGGGUUCCGGUCGGUCAAGAACGCCCUGGAAGACAAAUCACUCGUGCCCGGAGCUGGAGCCUUCGAAGUGGCGUGCUCUGCACACUUGGGAACCGCCUUGAAAUCUAGUGCGAAGGGCAGGACUAAGCUUGGAGUCGCUGCGUUCGCGGAGGCUCUCUUGGUCAUCCCCAAGACGCUUGCGUCAAACGGAGGAUACGAUGUUCAGGAUGCCAUUGUUGGACUGCAGCAGGAGGCAGAAGAAACGGAUGAUCCCGUUGGACUGGAUUUGAGGUCCGGAGAGCCUAUGAAUCCUGUUGUGGAGGGUAUCUGGGACAACUACAGAGUCAAGAGGCAAAUGCUACAUUCCAGUUCCGUCAUCGCUGUCAACCUCUUGAGCACAGACGAGAUCCUCCGAGCGGGUCGUUCAUCACUCAAGCCUGAAGGUGCUAUGUGAUGACCGUAGAGAGCGAGUUGAUUGGAGGGACUAUGACUAUAUGUAUGCAUCUACACGUCACCACGAUAGG